AGUAACUCUACCUCCACCGGUCUAACCAGUACUAACUCUACCUCCACCGGUCUAACCAGUACUAACUCUACCAUCACCAGUCUAACCAGUACUAACUCUACCUUCUCCAGUCUAACCAGUACUAACUCUACCUUCUCCAGUCUAACCAGUACUAACUCUACCGUCACCGGUCUAACCAGUACUAACUCUACCGUCACCGGUCUAACCAGUACUAACUAUACCUUCACCAGUCUAACCAGUACUAACUCUACCUCCACCGGUCUAACCAGUACUAACUCUACCUCCACCGGUCUAACCAGUACUAACUCUACCUCCACCUGUCUAACCAGUACUAACUCUACCGUCACCAGUCUAACCAGUACUAACUCUACCAUCACCAGUCUAACCAGUACCAACUCUACCGUCACCAGUCUAACCAGUACUAACUCUACCAUCACCAGUCUAACCAGUACCAACUCUACCUCCACCAGUCUAAACAGUACUAACUCUACCAUCACCAGUCUAACCAGUACCAACUCGACCUACCCCAGACCCCCCAGGCGGGGGCGGCCCCCGGCCUCUGGCCCCCCCCCAGGGGCGGCCUGGUCAUCCCCCUGGAGGAGUUCUACUACGGGACAGACGACUCGCCCACCCCCCCCCCCGCCACUCAAGUCCCGCGGGCCGUACCACUGCAUCACCUGCAAAACCAUCGUCAGGGACAACGUCCAGUUGAUGAAGCACAUGGACCAGCACGCUGCGGUCCAGAGGGGCGGGCCAGGGAACGACAUCACUUCCUGUUCCUUCUGCUACCGGAGGUUCCAGUGCCCCUUCACCCUGCAGUGCCACCUGGAGGCCGUCCACACACAGUGCCAGGCAACAGCGGUGUGCAAGAUCUGUGAGUUGUCGUUCGUGGACGAACGAGACCUGCUGAAGCACAUGAAGAUCCUCCACCAGCCUGGAGAGAUGCCCUACGUCUGCCAGGUGUGUGGGUUCCGCUCGUCCUUCCACUCCUCCCUGCGUGGCCAUUUUGAAACGGUCCACAAAGGCUCCGCCUCCCUGCUGUGUCUCUACUGCCUCAAGGUCCUCCGUAGCCACGCCCCCUACCAGUACCACCUGGGGAGGCACCAGAGGAGGGAUGUGCUUCCCUGUGACAGGUGCCGUCUGUACUUCCUGUCCACCAAGGAGCGUUCCGACCACAAGCUGCUCCACCACGGGACGCACCUCCGGCCCCCCUCCACCCUGCACCUGCCCCACGGCACCACGGUGACGGUCAGAGCCUACUCUGUUGUUAAAGGAACAGAGGAACCGAAGAACAGGCCGGCUCCCUCCAAGGUCAUAGCCUUGGCCCCAGGGUCUCCACCCCUAGAGCCUCCACCCCCAGAGCCCCCAAGUGAGAAGCCUCUCAAGAGUCCCCCUCCCCGGCCCCCAAAAUGGAAACCACCAAGCAGGCCGCUGUUGUGUCUAGAGUGUAUGUCUCCGGUCCCGGGUCGGUCCCACUUCCUCUCUGUGGUGCGCUGCUCCCGCUGUAAAUACCUGACGCACUGCAGCCGGGCCUACGCCAACCACAUGAUCAGCAACCACGCCACGCGGAGAAGCAAAUCCAAAUGGACGUCCUUGUUCCUGCCCCAACACAGGUGUGACUGGAACCUCAGCUGUGGGUCAUGUGACUUAACCACGCACAACGGAGACCUGAUGACCAAUCACAUGACGGACCACGCCCAUCACACCUGUUCCCUCCCUCAUGCAGCGACGUGUUCCGGAGGAGGCGGACCUCGGCAGGACCCCCCCUGGAGGGCAGAGCCCCCCUUGAGGACGGAGCCCCCCUUGAGGACCGCCCCACAACACGAGGCCUCCGUCCUCCAGCAGCUUUCUCACUGUUCAGAGGAGAGGCGGGGCCAGCUGCUGUCUGGGGGCGGGGCCUUCGUCCCAAUCCACCUCCUCCCCUCGGGAACCACCUCCACACUGCUGUCUGUCAAAACCCUCAGCCGCCUCCCGCCUCCCCGCUACACCCCCGCCAUGACCAUCCGCGUCCGCAGCCCCAGGACACGCCCUGCUCAGAGGGGGGCUGGUGGCCUGGGGGCGGGGCUGGGGGCGGAGCAGCUGGCGGUGGUGCUGUCCGCUCUGUGCGGCGGGCUGCCCCAGGCGGGCCGGCGCUACCACACGGACCCCGCCCUCAUCCAGGCCUGGGUGGUCCAGAGGGAGGCGGAGCUGGGCCUCAGGGCCUGGGGCUGGGACACGGAGCCCGUCGCCGAGUGGGUCCUCAUCCAGAGGGAGCAGCAGCUGGCGGUGCUGGAGUCCAGCCUGCUCCAGGUGGGGGUGGAGGUGCUGGGGGGGGUCCGGUACGGCUGGGGUGGUCUCCAUGGCUGGGCGGUGGACCUCAUGCUGCACCACCAGCUCAGCCUGCAGCGCGCCGUCCAAUCACAGCACAGCACCCAGCCACGCCCCUUUACCCACAAAACCCUGCGCUUCCUCAAGCAGCUCAACACAGAGAUGCAGUCCUUCCAGCCCGGCUCGGUGGGCUGUAUGGACGAGCUGUCGUUGUUCCUGGACAUGGAGGGGGGGCGGGGCCUGCAGCUGUUCGGGCGCAGUGAGAGCCUGCGCUGCGACGUGGUCCUGGGGGGCCUGGCCGACGGCAGCUUCCUGAGGCCGGCGCUGUUCUUCAGGGGCCCCGAGCCCCGCCGCCCCCCCGGGUUCCCCGCCAACGUGCUGCUGGAGGCCAGGCCCGAGGGCUUCACCGACCAGCAGCGCCUGCAGCUCUGGACCUCCAAGGUGUGGCAGCCCCAUGUGGAGAGGGGGCGGGGCUACAGCCUGCUGCUGAUGGACAAGCACCGUGGCCACGAGGGGGCGGAGUUCACCGCGGCGCUGGGCGCUAGCUCCACCCUUUCAACCAUCUUCCCCAUCGGCUGCUCCGCCCAUCUGCAGCCGCUGGACGCCUGCAUCAGCCCCGUGGUCCGCGAGUUCCUCCAGGCCCGUUGGAGUCAGCUGGCGCCCCCCUCAGGAGGCGGUCCGGAGGAGGAGCAGGGAGGAGGCUCUGGUCUGGGGCUGGAGGAGCUGGCCCUCACGCUGGGCUGCUGGCUCAGCGAGGUGGCCUCCACCCUGGACCGCAUGCCCCACGUCCUCACCAGGUCUUUCUCUGUAGCUUCUAGCUCCUCCCAGAAGAGGGAGGGGCUAGGCCACAUGAUCACAGAGCUGGCGGAGAGCCUGAUUGGCGAGCAGAUAGAUCCAAUGGAAGACGAGGGAGGAGGGGCGGAGGUCUGAUGGGAUGAGAAGGAGAAGGGGAGCUCUGAAUGGACGAGGAGAAGGGGGAGGAGGGGAGGUCUGAUUGGACAUGGAGGGGGGGAGGGGAGGUCUGAUUGGACAUGGAGGGGGGGGAGGGGAGGUCUGAUUGGACGAGGCGGAGUGUUAUCCUGGUAUCAUGCUAUGUCCUCAGUCCAAAUGUGUUUUAGUUUCUAUUGAUGGCUGAUGCUAGUUUCAUAUCUCUGAUAAUCAUCAGGCCCCUGUAAACCAAGGACUGUAAAUAAACUGUAAUGUACUUUUCUAUACUUGUGUAUUUUCAAUAAAAAAUUAGAUCUAG